GGCUUCAGUGUUAAUUUGGUAUUAACUUAAGUAUCAAUUUUUGGUUUAUUUUCAAAAAGCAUAAAAUGGAUUUGUUUGCGUCUUUAGUUGAAAAUAAAAGCUUGGCACCGAAGACGUUGAAAGUCCGUAAAGUUUACGUGAACGAAGAUCCCAAAGAGGAAAAGUCUGAACCAUGCCCAAGGUGUUGGUCUCAAAACCGACAGAGCAAUGUACGAUACAUGUUUAUCAACAUGCAGGAGGCAAUAUAUAAAUGUGAAGCAGCAAAUUGUAUGUACCCGUUCCACGACUUCAAGUACAAAAACUAUUUAGAUCAAACAGUUUAUUACUACCGGGCGGUUGAUGAAGAAAUAUUGGCACUGUCACACUUUGGUUCGUUGUUAUCAAAUGAGGCCUCUUCAUCUAGCGAUAUGGAUCAUUCUAUAGGAAGUCCCACAACUGAGUUCAAAUUAGAUUUUCAAUCACCUGAUCGAGACGCUUCCGCAAAAAUUCCGGGACAGAGCGAGUUAAAUAUUUUUGAUAGUCCAUCACUUAGUUUCAAAAAUCUGGCAGAAGGGUUCGAUACCGGUUUUAUUGAUGAUAUCCUGAAUGAUCUUGGAGAAGCUUCGCCAGAAAAGAAACCAACAGUUAAUUCUUCGCCAGCGCAAUCGGUGGUGCAGUUAGGAGUUAAUAAAUCUAAUCGUCAACUUAAGCGUUGCCUGGAAAUGUUUCAUGAAGAUAAAUUCAAUACAGCGAAACAUGACAGCGAGUUAUUUAAGGUACCACCGGUUCCUGGGUUAGAAACUUCUAAUUCUCACAAAGUAAAGUUGAAGAAAGGUUCACCUUCAAAAAGGGUCAAAUCAAACCGGCGAACUAGUCAAUCUAGUUCCCCGUCAGCGGAACGUAUUUUGAAGAAAAGUCGUAUGAAACCGCUCCAGUUUCUGGAAACACUAAAUAGCAUUCGAACGGUUUCGGAAGAAAGCCAACAACAGGAUGUUUCGGUUUCCGCUCAACCUACUAACAAAAAAUUGGGAAACAAUCAGAAGGUAGCUAAGAUGCUUGAUUUCAUUGAACGAAGUAUGAAAAAACGAGCUCCUAUUGUCGAACCAGUGGUCUCCAAUACUUUAGAUCCGUUGUUGAACCGCACCAUGCGAAAGACGUCAAAAAAGAAAGAACUAAAAAAACGAUCGCUUUCCGAAGCAGUUCUGCACGACUCCCAGUUCGAGUAUAGUUCCAGCGAGGAAGAACAGGGACUUUCGUCGUUUUCUAUAGGAUCCACAUCCACACAAUGCACGGAUGACGAGUUAUCACUGCCGUCGUUUGAGGAACUUGUACAUUCGAUACAUCCUAGUCAAAAUAACACCACCAAAGAAUCAACCGAUGAAACAGCAAAUGUAAAUAGUGGGACUGGAUUUCGAUCGGCAGGCUGCAGCCCAACCCGGAUUGAACCGUGGGAAGCGAUACCACCGCGUCGUAUUCAAAGUAUGGAAUCACUCUGCAGUUUAUUGGAAUAA